AUGCCUUUCACCUCCACCGUUCUUCCAGACAUUGGAGGGGCAACUCCAGGCGGCACGCAGUAUGUCGAGACGCCCUGCUCGGCGGCAGAGAUGGAAUGUGACCCCGAUGAAGUCUUCCACGACGCCAGCGCUUCGUUUGCCGACGUUGACGAGCCUGAAGAAUCACCUGAGUUCGACAUGCUCCUGGAAACAUUCAAGUUUUUGGCCUCGUGCAACAAGGGGACUGGUCUGAGCGCACGUGACUGUGACAUGCUGGGCCCUUCUUGCUCUCAUGCAUCACGCCAUGCGUGGCUGGAGUGUGACAUGCUGGGCCCUUCUUGCUCUCAUGCAUCACGCCAUGCGUGGCUGGAGUGUGACAUGCUGGGCCCUUCUUGCUCUCAUGCAUCACGCCAUGCGUGGCUGGAGUGUGACAUGCUGGGCCCUUCUUGCUCUCAUGCAUCACGCCAUGCGUGGCUGGAGUGUGACAUGCUGGGCCCUUCUUGCUCUCAUGCAUCACGCCAUGCGUGGCUGGAGUGUGACAUGCUGGGCCCUUCUUGCUCUCAUGCAUCACGCCAUGCGUGGCUGGAGUGUGACAUGCUGGGCCCUUCUUGCUCUCAUGCAUCACGCCAUGCGUGGCUGGAGUGUGACAUGCUGGGCCCUUCUUGCUCUCAUGCAUCACGCCAUGCGUGGCUGGAGUGUGACAUGCUGGGCCCUUCUUGCUCUCAUGCAUCACGCCAUGCGUGGCUGGAGUGUGACAUGCUGGGCCCUUCUUGCUCUCAUGCAUCACGCCAUGCGUGGCUGGAGUGUGACAUGCUGGGCCCUUCUUGCUCUCAUGCAUCACGCCAUGCGUGGCUGGAGUGUGACAUGCUGGGCCCUUCUUGCUCUCAUGCGUCACGCCAUGCGUGGCUGGAGUGUGACAUGCUGGGCCCUUCUUGCUCUCAUGCAUCACGCCAUGCGUGGCUGGAGUGUGACAUGCUGGGCCCUUCUUGCUCUCAUGCAUCACGCCAUGCGUGGCUGGAGUGUGACAUGCUGGGCCCUUCUUGCUCUCAUGCAUCACGCCAUGCGUGGCUGGAGUGUGACAUGCUGGGCCCUUCUUGCUCUCAUGCAUCACGCCAUGCGUGGCUGGAGUGUGACAUGCUGGGCCCUUCUUGCUCUCAUGCAUCACGCCAUGCGUGGCUGGAGUGUGACAUGCUGGGCCCUUCUUGCUCUCAUGCAUCACGCCAUGCGUGGCUGGAGUGUGACAUGCUGGGCCCUUCUUGCUCUCAUGCAUCACGCCAUGCGUGGCUGGAGUGUGACAUGCUGGGCCCUUCUUGCUCUCAUGCAUCACGCCAUGCGUGGCUGGAGUGUGACAUGCUGGGCCCUUCUUGCUCUCAUGCAUCACGCCAUGCGUGGCUGGAGUGUGACAUGCUGGGCCCUUCUUGCUCUCAUGCAUCACGCCAUGCGUGGCUGGAGUGUGACAUGCUGGGCCCUUCUUGCUCUCAUGCAUCACGCCAUGCGUGGCUGGAGUGUGACAUGCUGGGCCCUUCUUGCUCUCAUGCAUCACGCCAUGCGUGGCUGGAGUGUGACAUGCUGGGCCCUUCUUGCUCUCAUGCGUCACGCCAUGCGUGGCUGGAGUGUGACAUGCUGGGCCCUUCUUGCUCUCAUGCAUCACGCCAUGCGUGGCUGGAGUGUGACAUGCUGGGCCCUUCUUGCUCUCAUGCAUCACGCCAUGCGUGGCUGGAGUGUGACAUGCUGGGCCCUUCUUGCUCUCAUGCAUCACGCCAUGCGUGGCUGGAGUGUGACAUGCUGGGCCCUUCUUGCUCUCAUGCAUCACGCCAUGCGUGGCUGGAGUGUGACAUGCUGGGCCCUUCUUGCUCUCAUGCAUCACGCCAUGCGUGGCUGGAGUGUGACAUGCUGGGCCCUUCUUGCUCUCAUGCAUCACGCCAUGCGUGGCUGGAGUGUGACAUGCUGGGCCCUUCUUGCUCUCAUGCAUCACGCCAUGCGUGGCUGGAGUGUGACAUGCUGGGCCCUUCUUGCUCUCAUGCAUCACGCCAUGCGUGGCUGGAGUGUGACAUGCUGGGCCCUUCUUGCUCUCAUGCGUCACGCCAUGCGUGGCUGGAGUGUGACAUGCUGGGCCCUUCUUGCUCUCAUGCAUCACGCCAUGCGUGGCUGGAGUGUGACAUGCUGGGCCCUUCUUGCUCUCAUGCAUCACGCCAUGCGUGGCUGGAGUGUGACAUGCUGGGCCCUUCUUGCUCUCAUGCAUCACGCCAUGCGUGGCUGGAGUGUGACAUGCUGGGCCCUUCUUGCUCUCAUGCAUCACGCCAUGCGUGGCUGGAGUGUGACAUGCUGGGCCCUUCUUGCUCUCAUGCAUCACGCCAUGCGUGGCUGGAGUGUGACAUGCUGGGCCCUUCUUGCUCUCAUGCAUCACGCCAUGCGUGGCUGGAGUGUGACAUGCUGGGCCCUUCUUGCUCUCAUGCAUCACGCCAUGCGUGGCUGGAGGUGAGGCCAUGUGACAUGCUGGGCCCUUCUUGCUCUCAUGCAUCACGCCAUGCGUGGCUGGAGCUCGUCAUGCAUCAAUGCAUGGCAGGAGUGAGGUUGCCACGCAUGCAUUCCUCUCAUGAUUAG